AUGGCUUCAAUUUCCAAUGAACAACCCAUAGAGGGCCAUCCAUUCUUGCGUGUUCCUCAAGAACUGGUGACAAAUAAGAGAGCAAACGGGCCCUUGGAAAUGUCAUUUCACAAUGAGGCUAGAGACAUUGCCGAGCAAGACAUAGCUAGAGGCAUGUAUGCAAAUGGAUUGGUAUUUAAUGUUGUUUGCUCACCGUAUUGGCAAAAAAUGGUGAGACCAAUUAAUGAGUCUCCAAGGGGGUUCAAGGGCCUGGUUUAUGAGGAGGUGUGCACCACUUUAUUGGACAAAGAGGUGAAACAUGUAGAGGAUUCCUUAAAGCCCUUUAGGGAUUCAUGGAUUGAAACAAGUAUGUCCAUAGUAUUCGAUGGAUGGAAAGAUGCAAGAAAUCGCCUUGUGGUCAAUGUUAUUGCAAUGUCCACGAGAGGUGCAAUGUUUUUGAGAGCAGUAGAUUGUGAAGGGCAAGUGAAGGAUGGUCCAUUCAUUGCAAACAUUCUUUUCGAAACCAUUGAGCAAGUUGGCCCUCAAAAUGUUGUUCAGAUGAUAACAGACAAUGCCAAAAAUUGUAGGGCUGUUGGGUUAUUGGUUGAGGAGUGCUAUAAACACAUUUUUUGGACACCUUGUGCUGUCCACUCACUCAACCUAAUGCUGCAAAAAAUUGGCAAGAAAGUUGAGUGGAUCAAACAAAUGUAUGAUGAUGCCGAGAUCCAAAUGUUCAUCAUGAACCACCAUAUGUCUCAAGCCAUAUUUAGACAAUUCUCAAGAUUGGAUCUCUUGAAGACAAGGAAGGUGUUGAUGCUCAUAAAUGGUGGUACUUUCAUGGAGAAAUAUACCAGCACCGACAACUCAUUGCCAUCAAAGUUUUAUCACAAGGAGGCGAAUGCAAUGACUGAUGCUCUUGCUAAUUGGGCAUUAGAUAACAACAUAGACUAUAUGGAGCUUAAUGAGGAAGAAAACAUGGAAAUUCUCCCCCACGUGCCUGCACAAUUCAACAAGUUGUAG